AUGACACCGGAUGACACGGCGGCCCCCGCGAUCGUAGCUCGUCUCCCUGCGGAUGAUCGCCACACCCACCGACUGCUGCCCGACGGGCGACGGCACGACGUGUGGGCUUCCGGCGAGCCCAGCGUCGACGCCGCGGUCGAUCGUGACUUGCCCCAUUGCAUCACUGUCAGCUUCCCACAUAUCGACUUCCAGCGAAGUGGAGCGGGAGGCUGUCUUGCGUUGAGUCGCGAGUGUGCGGGCAAGCCGGUGGGUCAACGGUACACGUACACGUCCUCGCUGCCAUGCCCCCGCCUCCAUCCUCCCCGCUCGCCGUCCUCCGCACGCGGGCUCGCGCGUUCCUGCCAUCCGCCCGCGCGUUCCCAGACAGCUCCGCACCCGCAGACGGGAGGGUUCACGUGCUUCCCGUCUGUACGCGCCGCGCGCGCGCCCUCCCGCCUCCUUGGUGUGCCCACCCCCGCUCGUCGUUCGCUCGCCCGUUUGCCCGCCCGGCGUUCAUCGGCCACGUCUGCGUGCUGGGCAUUCGCCCAGCAUGCUCGUGGUCGGUAUGCGCGUGGUGCUCGUCCGCACCGUAUCCCCGUCCGUGCCAGCUUGCCUGCCGCCUCGUUCUCCCGCCUCGCGGCGCGUGUGUUUGUCGGCCGUAUCUAUGCGCUGGGCAUUCGUCCAUCGCACUUGUGGUUGCCCGUCUGCUCGUCGAUCCAUCCGCUCGUCGAUCCAGUGCUCGCCGUGGUUAUGUGUGUCGUGCUGCGUGACGACGCACCCUGUGUUCGCCCACUCACCCACCGCCAGCUCGCCGGUUUCCCCCCUCACUCGUCUACUCACCUGCCCGCCGCCCGUCCACCCGCCCGCCUACUCGUCCGCGCGCCCGCCUACUCGCCCGUCCUCGCGUCCUUGCCCAGCGCGCUCGCGGUCGACGUGUUGCCGCCCGCCCGCUCGUGCCGCCUGUUCGUCGGCCGUGCCUACACGCAGGGCAUUGGCCCUGCGUGCCCGCGGUCGUCAUGCGCGUCGCGCUGCACGUCGCCACGUCCUGCGCCUGCCGUUAGCGGGUACGGAAAUCGCUACCCGGACCCCUACCCGCGCGUACCCCUACCCGCGACCCGCGCGGGUUGGGCGUACCCCUGCAAUGCACUAGCGUUGACGCGCCCGAGGUGCCGUUCGCAAGCCGCCAGCUCCCGCCAGCGAGUUACCUUGGCCAAAGGUCCUCGGAACGCUCAAACGCCGCGCGCCUUUUUGUCAGACGGUCGACGCAUGCAGGCGGGCCGCGCGCACAGCCGGAUAGUGGGUGCGAAGCGCGCGGAUAUACCUAGGCGGGACAGGCACCGGGGACGAUACUCGCACGGCACGAUGGCCUCUGCGCUCGUGUCCUGUCUCCCUGCGGCGCAGACACGACGUAUCGUCGUCCGGCGAGCACGCCCGCGAGAACGUGCUCGACUCAGCCACUGCCUGGAGAUCGGCGCGUGGCUCGCGUUCGCGGAUCGCCGCGCAACCGAUGAAGCCACGGCGGAUCGAGUUACGGGGAGCUGGAUGCCCGUGCGGCUGUUUGACGUGGCGGGUAGUGAGAAGGUGGCGCGUGCGGAUGGCCGGAAAGCGCGCGAGGCUGUCUCGCUGAAGGUCUUCUGUGCACUGGCGACCCGAGGGACACGCCCGUCGGGCGGUGGACGGAGCGUGUCGAUCUCCAGCAGGCCGGGCUCGGGCGUGGGGCGAGGGCCCCCUUGCUAUGCGGGCCUGCUCGUCCGGGGAUCCAGAUCCCUUGCCACCGCGUCAUUGCCCAUUGGCGAUUGUCGAUUCGUCACUGCUCACGCCAGGGUAGCUCGCACGCGCGAUCCUCUGACAGCGCCGUCCCCCGGGUCGACGUGGGCCCGCCCGCACAAGCCGUCGCAGGGCGCCGACGGCGAUGUCGUGCCGUCGUCCAACGUUGAGCGCAAGCGCAAGCGGUUGGAGGGCCUCGUCAUCCAUCCGAGCGGGUUUGAGCCCUCCAUGCCCGAGACAGGGUUCCAUCCCGCAGUCGCGAAGAAGCCGACGGAGGACCACCCGCUCGUCGGCACGCUCAAGCAGCCCUGGGACGACCUCCCCGCGUCGGACGAGGUAUCCCCUCGCCCGGACAAUGGCGAGGGUGGCAAGCAGUUCACACGGAGGAAGUACAUGCGCGACCAGGCGGAGUUGGACGCGGCGGAGGUGCUCACGAACACGGAUGUCAUCACGCACCCCGCGGGCACGCAGGCGGAGCCCUCGCUCGCGGCCGCGGUCUCGCAGCUCGGCCCCCAGGCGGCGUCGACUGGCGGGCAGCGUGGGCAGAUCCCGGUGUCCUCGUGGGACACGCCCGAGCGCCAGACGGUGCUGAUGCGCGGUCAGCGCGAGGAGAACACGCGGGGCGACGUUGUGCCGACGUACUACAUCGAGCGGAAGCGCCAGCGGUCGAACAUCGCGGAGCACAAGGAGGAGGGCGUCCUGAUGUCGGAGCUGAGCGCGGGCAUUCUGUCGGAGGGCCUCGCGGCGGACAUGAGGGUGCGCGAGGAGAAGAUACUGGUGGAGCCGCCGAGACAGGCUACUCGCCAGCAAGAUGCCUUCAAGCUCGACGAGGAUGGCGAGGUUGACGUCAACUCGGUGGGCAACACGGCCGCGGCCAACGCUGCUGUCCAGCAGGUGCGCGCGGAGUACUUCCCGACGCUGGCGGAGACGGCCUUCUGGCGGCCGCUCCUGAGUGUGACGCUGCAGACGCGCCCGCUCACGACGACCGUCGCCCGGCUCUCGCGCGCGUACGCCCGCGGGACGCCGUUCUACUCCACCGUCGACCCGCACGACCGUAAGUACGGCCCGUCGAUGGGCGGGCGCGUCCGCAACAUGCGCCUCAACCGCACGCACGAGCUCGUCGUCGACCUCGCGCGCCUGCUCCGUGGCGAGCGCGGCGGACCGCUGGGCAUGCGGUGGAACCCGGAGUCGCUCGGACGGGGGAUCAACGGCGAGGGCAUGGCGGAGCCGAUCCCGCUCGAGAAGUGGAUGGUCAAGGUCGGCCUGGGCGUGUGGUACCAGCGCGCGGAGGAGUGGAAGGCGAUCUACGCGGAGGCGGCGCGUGAGGCGGAGGUAGACGACGCGAUGGAGGUGUUCGGCGUAGACCAGCGCGGGGCGCGAAGAGAACACGCGCGACGCUGUCGUGCCGACGUACUACAUCGAGCGACGCGUGACUUCUCGAGUCGUAGCGAGUGUCGGAGGAGCCACUUGUCCGCUGCAUCCGAUUGGUAA